AACUAAUCUUAUUAAGACUGAACUAAAACGCAUUUUCUUCAUCUGUCCGAGGGAUGAGAAGGAACCGAAAUUGACUUUUGUCAGCCCGUCAGCCAGAGAUAGAGUGGAUAUCUCCUCAGGUAUAAUCUCGAGAGGCUUUCAGCCGUUAGAUAUAUAUCUUAUGGUUUUUGUAGGAGAUCCCUUUACUACACUGUAGUGUGGAAAUGUUUGUCUUUUUCCCUCAAGAACAAACAUUUGUCAGAGAUUUACCUUAAAAUCUAAGUGCAGUCUUGCCACUUAACAGUCAUAUGGUAAGAAACGUCUGAUUAAUUGCUAUCCUCCAUUAGUCAGUAGAUGAACCAAUUUAUCAUGCCUUGUUAAACGUAGAACCGGCAUUAUCGUUUAGAAAAUUGAAUAACGUUUAACAUUUACAUCACCUUAUAAGAUAAUAAGAGAUCAAGAGACAGGCUGUUCAGGAAGUUAGAUUAAAGUUCUAAUUUGCAAUAGAGUGAAAUGUGUUUCCUAAUUAUUAAAGAAACUCUGCUGAGUUACAAUGUUGUCGUUCAGAAUUUGUUAUUAAGCUAUAAAAGUUGUAAUCAAUAGAUUAUAUGUAUUGCACACGUAUUGUUUUAAUCUAUAAAUUUUUAUCGACAUUCAGAUUAUUUCUAACGUAGCAACAUUGGUGUACAUUCUUGUUGUUGUUGUUGUUGUUGUUUUUUUUUUUUUCGAUUCUUAAGCGACAUUUUCUUUAGCGUUGUUCAGGUUGCCUUCGAGAGAAGGAUACGAAUUCGCAAAAUUUAUUGCAAAUCUCGUAUACUGUGAUUUUUGGACCACUUAAACACUACUUAAAUCAGAAUAUUUAUAUUUUGUUUCACGCAAAUUUCUAAAUAUUGUAAUACAACGAGCAAACACAAGUAAUUUCUAGAGUUUAUUCCAACUAAUUCGUAUUCCGGAAUACGGUCAAUCGAACACGCCCUAGUUUGUUCAUUAGAUCACUUGUAAAGUUGUGCCGGGUGAUAUAGAGCGGUUUUCGUAUGACCUUGAAAUAUGGAUUCAGUCUAAAGUGUUUGUUAUUUGUUUCAUCAGCUGAUAGACGAAUAGAUCAAAACAUGGACUUGUUUUUGCAAGAUAAAAUUCUAAGAUGGAAGAAAAGCAUCCUUCGAUUUUCCAUAUCGCAUUGCUGAAUGCACAAUGACGUCAAAGCAAAGUAUCCAUAGAUUGGCUAGAGUGCGUUCCAUUGGGAUGACCUGCAUCAGGAUCAGUGAUCCGAAAUCACUCACGGAUCAUGAGGCAUCAAAUAAACCAGCGAAUCCACUCUGGGAAAAGAUUCAAUUGUUUUUCUUGCAUGAUCCGAGUGAUCUUAGAUCAGUGAUUCUGAUCUGGAUCAUCCCAAAGGAAGGCACCACUACUCGCUGAAAAAUUCCACGGACGUUUGUAUUCGUCCGAUAAAACAUCAACCGAAUCAAAUCAGUCUACAUUCAAACCCUUCUUUACGGACACCUCAUUAUUAGACACAGUUUGCUUUGUCCCUGGGGAAAAAAGCCCUUACGUUUUCUCCAUAAAAUUCAACCCGCUUAAUUCUGACAUCCCCUUAAUAAGGACACGUUCCAAAGCCCCCUCAGUGUCCUUAUUAAUGGGGUUUGACUGUAUUAAGUUCCUUUCUUGUUUUUGUUUUGUUCGCGCAUGAUCAUUUCAAAAUUAUGCGAAAAUCACUCUACUAUGUUAAAACGUGUGAUUAUUGGGUUAAAUCUUUUACCUGUUUCACGAAAAAAUUAAGUCAUGCUUUAUUUUGUUUAAUUUUCUCAGAGAAAUAUGUACAUUUUCUUCUUUGGUCUUUCCAUGUUUGCUUGUCAAGUCGUUCACAUUAAAGCACAAGUAAUUCCAGGUACGUACUACGUUUCGAUUUGAUUUUGCUAAGGCGCAAAAAUAUUAUUCAGCCGUACUCAGCUUUGUCGACUCAUAGAGGUCUUAUAUCCUGCAUUUUCUUCUCCAUAUUUUUCAAUAGGUCAAGCUGUAUGCAUUCAUUUAGUUGUUUUAGUUUAAAAGAAAGAUAACAAGAAAUAAUAAUAAUAAUAAUCACUGAUGAAUAAUGGUAAAGCAACGUCGCUCAUGUUGUUUUGUUUCCUAACAUAUUACUUUUACGGUGCUAAAUAGCCGGUUUGCCACUCUUUAAAAUUUUUAUAAGACAAAUUGUUUUUCCUAUCUCUGAUUAUCCUUUUAAUCACAACAACUGUCUGACCACGCAGAAACGACUUUGCUCGAUUAAACUUUUAAAUAAUUAAGGAAACGUAUCGUGAACGACGAGAAAAGCAAAAACCUGGUCAAGUGGCAAAGGUUAUGUUUGGUGUUUGCCACAAGCGUGAUUCUAUAAACUCUCCAAGAAUGCCUAUAAUUUAGCGGAAAAUUUGUCCAGCUGCUUAAAAAAGCCAACAUCAUCGAUCUUGCGGUACUCGAUUCAUUUUGAUAUUGAUAAGUCUACGUUUCUAAAGCCUUUUGGGAGGUAAAUUGGAUAAAACUCCGGCAAAAAAAUGGAGCCCGGAAGCGUCUCGAAAUCGAAGAUCAACAGCGUCAGGAUCAAGCGCUUACCGUUACGGCCUGUCAUGUUGGUUUCAAAUUCACCGAGCGGACGCGUACGGAUGUCAGGGUGGGAGAAGGAAGGCGAGAAAAAGAGGGACUAUUCUCUCUGGGAACUCCGCAAUAGAAUAGCCUUAACUCUUUACGUAACACUAGUUCACCGUGUAUAGCCCGUGACUUGCUAUCCUGUACGUGUCUCCGCGAUGUCAAAGUCAAAAGAUCAAAAAAGUGGCAUUCCCAGUAGUCCUGUUUGCCUAAUUGGGUUAUUUUGGUUCAUUCUGGGCCGAUGUAACUGAGAAAGGACUUAAAUUUGCGAUUGUUGAGGUCAGGGCAUACUAUUCUUGACGGGCAGAUCUAGAGGGCAUUAACGACGACAUGAUCUUCGCAGUUCAAAAUUUUAAAGCAAUUUUAACAGUCGAGUUGCAAAUUACUUCCGAGUUUGACUAAUAGUCGCGGGUCGCGGGUCCAAAGUCGCGGUCGCGGGUCUAAUGUCGCGGUCGCGGGUCCAAUGUCGCUGUCGCGGGUCCAAAGUCGCGGUCGCGGGUCCAAUGUCGCGGCAGGGGAAAAUGAUUUGGGGUUCGAGGUAACAGGUGAGUGAAAACGACUGAUAUGAACUGAUAUAAAGGGAAAAACUCUUUUUUAUGCACGAUACUCCACGGUAGCCAAUUUACAGGUUACGGAUGUUAGAGUCAACAAAAUAAUGUCUCAAGAAAAGACCUAAAAGAAAAAGCUGGCCGACUACUGUGUUCAUCGCAAGUUUAUUUUGUUUUCUUUCUAUCGGGCCCAGUUAUACUUAUGCAUAACAGUAUCUGAUAAAAAAGUUACCAUAAGUUACCAUUGCUUUUUUCUUGUCGAUGAAUUGCUCACAAAUGCCUAGGGGUUCAUUUACUGAAAAAUAUGCGAUACACUUCAUAGACUACAGAUUAUAAACGUUACAACAACUUAAAGCCUUUUUUUAAAAAAAGCGAACUCGGGCUCAAAAAGCUACGAGUCUGUCGGUAGAAGAAACGAGAACUCCUAUAUUUAACAAAUGUUUUCGACAAAACUGAAAGAAAAUGUAAAUAGUCACAUGAAACUUCAUUCAAGCGGUAUUCAAGGUAUGAAUUUAAUAUGGCAACAAGUAAUAAUCCACAGAAAGGAGUCUGUUCCUCGAAGCAAGAUUUUCGUUUAAUGCUUUUCUUUUUACAACUGAUACGGCAACCCAGAGUGUUCAAUAUAACUUCUUGUUCUCUUCACCUAAAUAGCAACCAGGACAACCUGACAAUAGGAAGCCAUUCAAUGUGCGUCUCAGUCAAAUCUUGAAAACAUAUAUCGUAAAUAACCAAGUGAGUAAGUAGAUAAGGAAAUAAUAACGCCCGAUAUCAUGAAGCUGAAAAAGAAAGUAAACCAGACACUGAAAACGGUAAGUUAUCAACUCCACCAGAGCUAAGAAAAGACAAUAAAUUAGGUAAGUAAUUCCAGAUUCCAGGUACUGGAUUCAAGUCUUUUUCAGUAGAACCAAGAGACUAUGAUCUAUUCUGUCUUGGUAGAACUUGGAUUCCGGAUUUCAAUCGUUAGUGGGAACAAACUCCUUUCUGUGGACAAGAGAGGAUAAAGCUCGAGCUUUAUCCCCUCUUGCUGUGGAUUAUUACUUGUUUCUAUAUUAAAUUCAUGCCUUGAAUACCCGCUUGAAUGUACUUUACCGGCACUUCAAGCCCAACGUCUCUCCUCCUCUUUCCAGUUACUUGUGCAAAGCGUUUAUUUUGGGAGUUUGCGACCAGGAAGUUUUUCAACAAGUGUUUUCUUUAUUUUUGCCGAAAACAUUUUUUUAAAAUUGAAACAGUUCUCGUUUCUUCUGCCUACAGACUCGUAGCUUUUCGAGCCCGAGUUAGCCUUUUUUUAAAAAGGUUUUAAGUUGUUGUAACGUUUAUAAUUUAUAGUCUAUGAAGUGUAUCGCACAUUUUUCAGUGAAUGCACCCCUAAGAAUUUGUGAGCAAUUCAUAGACAAGAAGAAAACAAUGGUGACUCAUGGUAACAUUUUUUAUGAGAUACUGUUAUGCAUAAGUACAUUCCAAGCUGAAUUUAUACAUAACUGGGCCCGAUGGAAAGAAAACAAAAUGAACUUGGGGUGAACACAAAAGUCGGCCAGCUUUUUCUUUUACGUCUUUUCUUGAGACAUUAUUUUGUUGACUCUAACAUCCGUAACCUGUAAAUUGGCUACCGUAGAGUAUCAUGAAUAAAAACGAUUUUUUUCCCUUUAUAUUUUUUUCAUAUCACUCGUUUUCACUCAGUUACCUCGAACCCCAAAUCAUUUUCCCCUGCCGCGACAUUGGACCCGCGACCGCGACUUUGGACCUGCGACCGCGACAUUGGACCCGCGACCGCGACAUUAGGGAGCUUACGAAACGAGGAAGACGACGGCUACGAGGACUUCAUUUAAAAAUACAAGUUCGCGUUAUUCAUAUCAC